GAAAGGGUCGCUCAAUCGCAAUCUAAAACUACGGUCGACAAGCCCGGUCAGGCGCCUGUAGAACGGUAAAAGGUAUAAAAAUGCGUGUCGAGGGUUCCCUGCAACGGCUACUGUACCCGGGGGUGCCCCCAAUCCGUGAAAACACCGGGGAUUGCUUUUACGACUGGGACCCCCUUGACGGAACCCACGAUUUUAAAGCCAGCCCGCCGCGCCCCGGUUUCGCCAGCCCGUGCACUACCUCCUCACUCCCACACUCCAAACUCUUCCCUCCCAUUCGCUGCAGUGGUUACCAAACCAUGCAAAAAUGCUUUAACUGCGAGAAGGUCGGCAAAGACCGACUUAACGGGGGUGUCAGCUAG